GGCGGGAGAGAAGUUGUCAACGGGCUCCCACCGGUGCCUCUGGGGCCCGGGACACUGAGGCUCAACGGCUGGGCCCUUCGUUCUGCGCGCGGAGGGACGGCCUCCUUAUCCCAUCUCAGAGCUGGGCCCUGCUUCUUGGCUCAAUACCCUAUCCCCAGGAACCUGGACAAAGGCCCCUCCCAGGUGUCCACCAGUCCUACCCAGUCUCCUGACACUGAAACUCUAGACACAAGUUCAGGGAUCCCCUUCUUUGGGACAGGAGGCUUUUGGGAGAGGUAGAAGGAGGGAGCAGGCUCCUUAGGAUCAGUUACUUCCUCCAGCCCUUGGCCUUGUACUGCAGAAACCCUGAAAUUGGAGUGCACGCAUAUGGGCUAGGGCACCCCAGGGUACCGGCACCUAGCUACUGUGGGGGCCUGGCACACCUGGAAGUGUCCAGGGAUCUACCUUGGCCUACCUACUCCUGUGUCACUAGGCCAGGAACUGCACUGGCCAGGGGCUUCUGGGCUUCUUGGCAGAGAGUGCAGCUCAUUCCUGUGGCCUGCCUGUUCUUAGGAAACAGGCUGGCAUGCAGGCCCAUCUCUGUGGUGUCCUGGGCCUGGCAAGGAAUUGGUUUGAGUCUCAGCUGCCUGAGACUCAGCAUCUAGUCCCCUGCUGAAGACAGUUUGCAGAAGGACUUUAAUGUGUUAGGGGCACCACUGCCUCUGACCUGGACAGUAAGCUAGUCAGGCCUCUGCUUCUGGCUGUCCAGACUCUGGGAAGAGACCUCCAGCUCCCACAGUGUGGAAUGCCCAAAGCUGACCACCAGAAUCCUAGCUGAGGCUCACUGAAUGCUUCCUCCACACACAGCCUCAUGAAGGCAAUGUUAUUUUUAUCUCCAUUUUACAGCUGAGGAAACUGGUGCAUAGAACCAUUUGGUUACUUGUCUGGGGCCUCCUUUACCCACCUUUGUGACUCCUGUUCCUGGGUGGGGUCCACCUUCUGCUGGGAUGAGACCCAGGCAAGGGAUUGAGAGGGUCUCCCUGGCCUGGGUGCACCUCUUCUGCAACCCCUUUGAGCAGAUCCCAACUCCCCCAGGGCCAGAGGCAGCCAAGGGUGACAGACAUGGCCCCUUUACGGGUCACCAGCCUUGAGGGUGUUCUUAGCCAGACUAGAUGAGAAGCUGGGGUCUGAUGUAAGGCUUUAUGACUGCCAAGGUGAGGGACAGGAACAAGACACAACAGACCUGGGUGAGAAACGGGUGUCACUGCUGUAGGCUCAGGCAGUGGCUCACUGGGAAGACAGUGGAGCCACCUUGUCAGGUUGGGCUCUGUGAGGUGAGCAGAAGAAUGCAUGCCUCACAAGGUCUGGGUGGUGCCAGGAAAGCACUUGGCACAACUCUAGCCAGGGUUAGUGCCACCUCUCCCCAGGGAAAGUGCUGCUAAGACCUGUGUGACGGGCCUCCUCUGCAAGGGUCUCUGGACACAGGAGGGCCUCAGCCUCCAGGGUGCCCCUCUGCCUCCAGGGUGGGGUCAUCCUUUAAUUGAGCAGGUGGGUGGUGGGCCUCGCUACACUGAAGGGCACCUGCUGACCUCAGCCUCCCUCAUGAGCCAGCAUGCCUACAAACCACAUGGCCAGGCUGAGGUUUGGGCGGAGGGACAGCCCCUGGUAGGCCAGUGAAGGGGUUAGUGAUACCCCCUUUGGCUUCAGCUAGUCCUGGCAGAGGGUUCUCACCCAGCCCAUGUGAGUAGCAGGUUCUUGAGGACCCUGGAAGUUGAACAGUGAGGCCCAGGAGCUGGCAGGCACCAUGAGAAGAGGGAAGGCCUAGUGCCCAGGUGGCUGCAGCAGGUGGUGGAGGAAGGCAGGGUGGACAGGCACUGUAGCCUAAGGGGUAAGGAUUGGAGAUGCCAGAUCCACGUUCCUGGAGCAGGGGAGUGGAAGUAGGCAGGCAGUGUCCAAAGAAGCCCCCAGGUGUGUCAAGGCUUAGUCUAGGUAUACACCUGCAUGGCCUGAGCGCUCUGUUCACAUGUGCAGCUGUGUGGGAAGCCUGGGAGCCCUGGCUGGCCUGUGGGUCCCUCCUGGACUGGGAAGGUGACUGAAAGUUGAAGGGUAAAUUUCCUGAGUGGCACCUGUGAUGCUCAGGACUCUGCACCAUCUGAGUGGGCAGAAUAGGUGAGGCUCAAGCAGCUGGCAGGGCUGCUGUUCCCAGGGAAGCUAAGCUUGGGCGCAGAGUAGCUAAUCCUGCCAGAACAUGGCCUGUGAAGGAAGUGGGAGAUCCACCAGCCUUGGUAUUCCCUGCAUGCAGUGACCCAGGAAACAUCAAAGCCUCAGACACCCCCUCGUGGCCUGACCUCGCUAGGACUACUUGUCUUGGUUAUUCUCAUCUGUGUGGUAGUAUGUGUGAGCCUGACAUGGUAGCCAUGGUAUAUGGCCACCUCAUCUCCUGAGGACCUGACUUCUGUGCUCCAUGCUCAGCAUAUUAGCCCUCUUUGUGGUCCUUGUUGGUUGCAAAGACACACCUGGUCUUGGAGUACGGGGAACAGAAAAGGCGGAUGGUUAAGUACAGUAGCUGUGCUGCCUGGGCCUCUACACAUCUGGAAGAGGUUCUGCGUCCUCCUGCCAACCACGAUCCCACCAAGCCUCAUAGGUCUUCACACAACGAACUAGAAAAGCACAGACGAGCUAAGCUCAGGCUCUACUUGGAGCAGCUCAAGCAGCUGGUGCCCCUGGGCCCUGACAGCACUCGUCACACCACGCUGAGCCUCUUGAAGCGUGCCAAGAUGCACAUCAAGAAACUGGAGGAGCAGGACCGAAGGGCGCUGAGCAUCAAGGAGCAGCUGCAGCGGGAGCACCGCUUCCUGAAGCGGCGCCUGGAGCAGCUGUCUGUGCAGAGCAUGGAGCGCGUGCGCACGGACAGCACUGGCUCCGCCGUCUCCACAGACGACUCAGAGCAAGAGGUGGACAUAGAGGGCAUGGAAUUUGGCCCUGGUGAGCUGGACAGUGUUGGCAGCAGCAGUGACGCCGAUGACCACUACAGCCUGCAGAGCGGUGGCUGCAGUGAUGGUGGCUAUGGGCGCCCCUGCCGGCGGCCUGGCCGCCCCAGCCUCUCAUAGGCCCCGCACACUCUGCUGCUUGGCCCCUGCCGCCCGCCUGCCUGGUCAGCGUGUCAGCCUCAGUUCUCCCUUGACCGAUGCAGCCUCUCCCUGGGCCACUGCUGUGCCAUUCUGGAAGCUCCAGCUGCUGCCUGGGCUGCCCGCCUCUGCCUGCUGCCUGCUGGUCAGGGCCUGAGCCGCCCGCCCGCCCACCCUCCCUUCCCCACUGGUCAGGGCCCCUUGCAGGGAGGCAGGGCCCGGCUCCCAUGACCUGGAGCCCAGUGUUGCCACCCACGGUCUGCUCUCAGAUUCCUAAUCAUUCCAGAAGUAUUAAAUGUCAUUGCUGCAAACCUCGGCGGGCACCGUGUAAGGGGCUUAAUGACCACCUCAGGGAGCUCAGACCCCAGCACCGGACCCCAGGAGAGAGGAGUGAACUGAGGAAGGAAGGAAGGUGCAACUGUCUGUCUGUCCACUUGUCGGUUGGUCCAUACAGGCUCCUGAGGCUUGGAUAGAGAAAGCGUAAAGGGCGGGACUGGGUGAGCACCCUGGGCAGGUAGGCAGAGAGGGGCCUUCCCAUCCAUGGGCGUCAGGAGCCAGGGAUGGACUUGUGGUGGCAGGCUGAGCCAGUCCACAUCAAGCUGGGCAGUGUCUGCUCUGUCGAGACCUUCCAAUGCACACACACACUAGCCCAUACGCACAUAUGCGUGCACUGGAGGAAGGCUGGCCUUUGGGGGCCACCUAGGCAAAUGCUGGUCCCUGGCCUGUGCCUGACUUUGUCUCUGUGUGGCCACCGCCAGCUCACCUGUAUCAGCCCACCUGUGCCAGCCCAGGUGGCUCUGCCUGCUCUGCACGGGAAGCAGAGCUUUUCCUUGUGCAGGGCUGGGAUGAGCUGUGGCGGCAAGCUGAACCAAGUCCUCUGGGCUUUCUCAUCUUCCUUUCUUAUGAAAAGUCAAACAAAACAAAACCAGCAAGGCCACAGUGUGACAGGAGCUCCAUUCAAGGGGAGCUUAGAAGUUCUGCCCAUCGCAGCCUCAGCUGGCAGAGGCUUUCCCCAAAUGCAAAACAGAGAAACAUUUUUAAAAAGAGAAAAAAAAAAAAAAGCUCUAAAAACCCUCACCAAGGGACGUGUGUGCAGCCUCUAUUUCCUGUACAAGAUUUUUGUAUUCUAUUUUCCUAGCCAUUGUUGCGUCCUUGUAUGCUGAGGGGUGGGAGUGACCCAGUGUCUCAGGGACCCAUCCUCUGUCACGUUGUCAUUGUGUGCCUUGUGUCCCGUCUUGACCUGCCCACCACCAGCAGCAUGUUCCCUGUGACUCAAAGGAUGCCUCAAGCCUGCCAAGCAGGUGCCUCCUUCCUCCUCCCCAUGGACAGCUCCUCCCAGAGGCCAAGGCUUCCUUGGAAUGAGGUGCCUGUGCUGCGUAGGCAGCAUGGCCACUUUUCCUCCCCUGCAGGAGGGCUGUGACCAGGCUCCCAGUGUUACCUUCCUGGUUGGCUGGGGCCCACUAUGUUAUGAAUCUGCAACCUGCCUCAACCUGCCUGCUUCUGGGCCUGGGGUGAGGGCUCCAGGUGCCAGGUUGGCAGCUAAUGAAGUGUUUGCUCUGGAGGUGGGGGCCUGGCUAGGGGGCUUCUGCUGGAUUUCAGUCCUGAAGUCCUUGUCCCCCAGGGGAUCACACAGCAAUACUUGGGUGGUGGCUGUGGGGCUGACCUAUAGCAGCACCUGCCACCACCUCUGGUGCAUUUGUAACCAAGUUUCCAAAUCAUGAAAGGAAAUUCAAUUUCUCUUCUAUCAUGUCAGUGAACACCCUCAGAGUCCAGGGAAAUACCUGUGGCACGGAACCUCCCCUUCAGGGGCUCAGGAUGGCGCCAGAGAACAGGCCUGUGGGUGGGGACCCUGUGGAGCAGGGAUGGGGGCCGUCCAGAUGUCUUCCUGGGUGUUCUGACUGUGUCUUCAGCCCACUGGGGCUUCUCCUGUCUGUCAGGCAUAUCCACUGAGCUUUCUAGCUCCUCUCCCCUCAGAGCAGAGCAGGAGUCCAUGUUUCAGGGCCUGGUUCAGGAUCCAGAACUCCAAAGUCUCCUGAUGUUCCCUGAAUUCUUAAACUAUCAACUCUGCUCCAUCUCCAAAACCUGGGGUUCUGCUCCCACCUCUGCCUACCAGAAUCCAGCCCAGGUGACCAGAGUGGCCCCUUGGCUGGCCUUCUUGGCAGCUCAGCCUGUGCCCAGUCCCAUGUGGACUUGGAAGUUGGGCUCAUCAGCCACCUAGGGGUACUCUCCAUCUGCUCCUCACUGCCACCAGCAGGAUGUGAGGGGUAGUCCACAGGGGUGGGGGCUGGUGCUAAGAGUUCCAUAUCCAUUCCUCCCUUCCCUGCUCCCUGCCAUUUGCCCAGAUUGGAUGUUACUGGUGGCCACAUGGACCAUUAGGACCACUGUAGUGUCUGCAGAAGGAAAUUGGGACAACAGCCACAGUCCACAUCCUCCAUCCUCCAUCUUUGCCCACCUACACCCACAUCCACGUGGGCCUCAUGCUCCGUGGCUGAGAGUCUAGAACCCUUGGCUCAGGCUUGGGUCCCCAUCUCCCUAGGAGGCAUCCCACUCAUACCAUGCCCUUCCGUCCUGCUUCAGGCCUAGCUGGCCUGGGAGGAGAGGCUGUUUCUUCAACUCAUCCUGGUGGUGAUGUGAUGGCAAGGUCUUUGAACUUGUGUUCCUGGGUGAUGGACCAUGCACCAAGCUAUGACCUGAGGGCUCCACCCUUUGCUCUCCUGUCUGCCCCAACCAUGCAGUCUCUCUCUGGGUCAGAGAGACCUGGGACUUACCCACCCCAUACUGCCUGCACAGAGGGUCAGUAGCCUUGGCCCCAUCCAGGGCACUAGGGCAGGUUCCGUGCCAGAGUCUGGGGCCAUUUAGGGGGCCUGGUGCUGGUUCAGCUGGAGAAUGAAAGGGGCCCCACCCACCUGUCCUCCAGGUGGGGCUGUGCUGUGUCAUUCUGUCAUUGUAAUAUAAAUACAGAUUUUUAUACCUCA